GAUCCGGUUAUGAACACGGGAACAAAAAAAAGCGGGAGCGGCUCCUGCCAAAUAUGGGUAAAACGCAAACCCGGUGCCGUUAGCUGACCGCGGCAGUCCGGAGAUCGGGGGCAGGAUCCAGUAGGGUAAAUACUACGAGUUAACAACUGUGAAUAAGCGAUAACAGUUUAUUGGAGAGGAUUUCUUGCACCUCGGGUUCCACCCAAAUAGCACUCAGAACCGAGUUAGGAUAACGACCCUCGUUUCUCGCCCUGCUUGUAGGCAACAGCUAAGCUCUAGGUGGGGGUACCCAAGAAGGAGCUGAAUGAAAAUGUCAGUGGAGUGCCCCCUGUCACCUCCUCCUCCUCCACCUGCUCCAGGUCCUCCACCACCACCACCACCUCCUCCUCCUCCAGCCUCAGCACACAAAAAGAAGCUGUAUCAGACUAUAGCCAGCAGCAGGAGUCCGGUAGAGGGGGACCACACAGAGGCCCGCUUACUGCUCAGUCAGAGGGACAGCAGUUUUAGGAAGGACUUACAGUGGAUACUGGCCAACAUAUACGUGCCUUCUCUCAUCCAGGAUGGUCCACAGUGUGGUCUGGUGGCGUUGUGGAUGGCUGCUCACCUUCGACAGAGUAUUGACAUGGAAACUGUGGUUCAGACAGCACUGAGCAGGGGAUACACGACACAGGGUGAAAUGUUUUCAGCUAACAACAUGGCCCUGCUGGCAGAAGAGGUUUGUGGCUGUAAGGCAGAACUGCUGUCUGGAGGUUUAAGUGGUAACAAUGCUGCAGCCAUCAUCACACACCUGUGGGGGAGACAGCCUGUUCUCAUCCCAUAUGAUGAGGACUACAACCAUGAGCCAUGCCAGCGUAGCGGCCACAGGGCACACUGGGCAGUCGCUUCAGGUGUUCUCCUCGGUUUGGACCAGGGGAGUGUGAGCGAACAGUGCCUUCAGUCUGAUCCAAGUCUGCCCUGGCUCUACCUGCCCAGUCACUCCAGUUUCCCUUGUCCCGUCAGCGGCACGGGACUCAGAGAGGUUUACAUCCUUGCUAAGCAGGGUAAAAGCCUGCGCUACCAGCUGUGGCGUUUGGACAGCGUAGCUCAGAGCAACGAGCAACUGAGGACGAUGGACCCUCAGAGAACCAACGACGGGACCCAGUAUGUGGUUCCUCAAGGAGGGGUGGAGGCCGGGCUGGCUGGACAGGCCGUGCUGCUCCACACGAGGACACGGCAGCAGUAAUAAGUUAGACGCUGCUGGCCAAGAGGACCCAGCUUGGAUGCAACAUGCAAUCGAGAACAUGCAGGGAACAAUCCAAGUUUUAAUUCGCCGUGAGGCAUCACUCUGAAUUCUUACGGUGCAAUGUGAGUGAUCCUACAGUAGAACCCAUGUAGGUAAAAAAUGGGCUCAUACAGAUGUGGAUCCAGGAACAGUCUUGUUUCAGCUUGACUACUCUAUACUUUGGAAUGUAUCCAACAGGGCUUUGAAAAGGGCUUCAAAAGUGAAUUUCACACAAAAGUAAAGAUAAAGUAUGUGCGACAGUUCUGGUGCAGCAUGAUUGUUGAUCAUAUUAGGGGUGGGUGAUAUAAAUUUGUCAACCGCCACGAGAUUUCGCUUAACUCAGGGCGCGAUCUCCUUUUCUCUGGUUGCAUAAGGCCUUUGUGGGCAAUGUUGUGGGUUAAUAAUAUAAUGAUAAACAAGAGGCUCUUGGACUUGUCCCGCCAUGAUAUCCAUGACAAAAGAACAGUCAUGCUCAGAGUAUUAGUGGCAGUUACCUCAUUAAUAUGUAGCAAGGCAUACCAAAAUCUAAUCAGAUCAUGUGCUCCAUAUGGACUACCUGUGGUCUAAGUAUGAAUGUAUCCAGCUUGACGACAUAAUGUCCAGCAUACCCAUGUAGCAUGGCAUUAGGACAUAAAAUAUAAUGGGUUUACAGGGAUUUUACACACACUUGAUGAAGUACCUUGAACUUUGAAUUAUUUAACUGACUGAAUAAGCCAAAAAUCAAGAAAAUCCAACUGGGGAAUUUUGUGUCUCAGUUGAAUUCCCAGGACAUGUUCUAAAUCACAAUAUAAAAUUACAUAUAAAGGUGAUAGAAGAUUUUAUCCAUGUCAAACGGCCUUACACCAUUUCAACACCGUUAUGUAAACUGAGAAACUGCGGUUUUCUAUGGAAUAUUAUAUUUUUGUGUUGCAGGCUAACAACGUGAUGAACUUUUAUCAUCACUGACUGAAUGGAAUAUAUUUAUAAAAUAAAUAGUUGAAAUUCUCGAGUUAUUAUUUCGUCAGUUAAAUUCACAGCCUGCCUGUAGAUAUUUUGGGAUCUUCAGUAAAAGAAAUAUUGAAACUCUGAAAUCAACGUAGGUUUGAGAUUUAAAGAACCGUGUGAU